AUGGGAGUUUGCGCAUCAUCACAAAAAAAAUCAUAGAGAUAAAUUGGAGAAAGAGAAGUUUGUUUCGUCUUAGAAAGUCUUACAUAAGAAUCUUAGGUUAAUGAGGUUUAUAAAACCUUGAUUGGUCAAACUUAAAUAGUAUUUGAAAAUUUGAUAAAGAACAAAAUUAUCAGUCGAAAUAUUAGUUAAACUGAGUAUGAUUUCUACUCAAAAUAAACAGAAGAAUUAAGUAUGUUAAACAACUAUCUCUAAAACUAUUAUAACAACUAUUACAGAAUUGUAGUUUCUAACAUUAAAAGUGAAAAUCUUUAUUAUUUUUAAAACCUAAAUCUUAAAUUCAUAAUCCAACUCUAUUUGGCUAUGAAAAGUAUAAAAUACAAUGGAAAUGAAUGGUGGAACUCUUAGACUUUUUAUUCAUUAGAAAAACUCAUAACAAAUAGAUUCAACAUAUUUCCAAAAGUAGUUGAGGAAGGAAGAAUUACACCAUUUAUAAAUUUUAUAUUACUUUUAAUGAAAUUGAGUAUUAAGCUCAUGAAUUUAGAAGGGAUGACUCUUCAAGAAAAAGAAAUUGAAAUCAUUGUUGAUACGAAGGGAAUAAAUCUUUACAACUAAAUCAAAUUAGACUUAUUAAUCUGA